UUCUUCUCUCCUCUCAAUUCUCUCUCUCUCUUCUCUUCUAAGAAACAUCAAUCAAGAAUCCAUAUUUGUUUAUUCAAGUUAGAGUACUUUACUUGUAUCCAUGGAUGCCCCUUUGAGAUCAAGAACUUCAUUGUGGCAAAUUCUUUCAACAUUCUUUCUCCUAAUUUUAUUAGGUUUGAACAAUAUUGGAGGAGUAGAAUCACUUGGGAUUAAUUAUGGUCAAGUUGCAAACAAUUUACCACCACCAGAUAAAGUCCUUCAACUUUUGCGUGCUCUCAAGAUAACAAAGACAAGAAUCUAUGACACAAACCCUCAAGUGUUGACAACAUUUGCCAACUCCAACAUAGAGUUAAUUGUGACAGUGGAGAAUCAAAUGCUAGCUACAUUAUGUGACCAACAACAAGCCCUUCAAUGGGUAACUAGCCACAUUAGGCCCUAUUUUCCGGCCACAAACAUCACAGGCAUCGCAGUGGGCAACGAGAUCUUCACUGACGGAGACACGUCUUUAAUGACAUAUCUUGUGCCAGCCAUGGUUAACCUCCAUGCAGCACUUGUUAAAACAGGACUUAGUCAAUCCAUUCAAGUCUCUUCCCCUAAUUCACUUGCAGUUUUAGCCAAUUCUUACCCUCCUUCAUCUGGUAGUUUUAGGACUGACCUUAAUGGGAUCAUGCAACAAUUCUUGCAAUUUUUAUCCACAACAAGAUCACCCUUUUGGAUCAAUGCAUAUCCUUAUUUUGCAUACAAAGACAGUCCCACCAAAAUUUCCUUAGACUACGUGCUAUUCAAUUCCAAUCAAGGGAUGGUUGAUCCAUACACCAAGCUACACUACGACAACAUGUUGUAUGCACAGGUAGAUGCGGCUAUAUCUGCAAUUGCAAGAAUGGGUUUUAAUGGGCUAGAAGUUAAAAUUUCUGAGACUGGAUGGCCUUCAAAAGGCGACUCUAAUGAAAUUGGUGCCACACUACAAAAUGCAGCAAUUUACAAUAGGAACAUUUUUAGGAGGCAAUUGCUUAAUGAAGGGACCCCUUUGAGACCUAAUGUGAGAUUAGAUAUUUAUGUGUUUGCUUUGUUUAAUGAAGACAUGAAACCAGGGCCAACUUCAGAGAGGAAUUAUGGCUUGUUUCAACCUGAUGGAACCAUGGUUUAUAAUGUGGGGUUAUUGUCUACUACUUCUACUACUACAGAGCCAUCAUCAGCUUCCAUUUCCCUUGCUUCAUCUGCCCCUCCUAUGGUGAAACAAGUAGGAUAUCAAAGCUUGGCCAACUGGAUGAUGAUGUUUGCAUAUUUUUGCUGGCUUUUAAUGAGAUGAAGAUAACAUGAAGGUUAAAGCGGAGUACUUGGCUAUAUAUACAUCGGCAAGUCUUCUCUUUAAGCUGGUAGAAUCACAAAGAAGGAUACAAAUAGUAAGUCCAAAUUCCAACAGCAAAGGAAAAAAUUAUUUUCAUUUGUUGGGAAUAUUCAUUUGUUAGCCACUGGACGUCUAUGCAUGCAUCAAGAAUGGAGCUCACGACAACUACCACAGACUAUGAAUGGACACAAUGAGCUUUCAUGUAAUAUUUUUUUUUUAAGGGAUCUAGUUUCUCGUUUAAUAGAAAAAGUAUGUAUAGUCGACGUCAUUUAUUGUGUAAUAUAGAGAUUGAUGUUCCGAAAGAUUAACUAGCUCAUUCCUUGCUAGGGUAUUGACAAAAUUCAUUUUGUUAAUUAUGAACAUCCCAUUGUGCAGAGGAUUCUAUAUGAAAUGCAAAGGGCUUACAAUC